AUGUCCGAUAGCAUGCAUCUUCUGCAAGGAAAGACCAUUUUUGUCGCCGGUGGAGGCAUUGCCGGCUCAGCAUUUGUCGCCAGCCUACGCAAGCUCUGGGACCCAUCGUGGACGCCGCCGACCGUCGUCGUCUUCGAUCGCGACUCCAGCGACGUAGCCGGCCGACGCGAUGCCGAGAGCUACAGCGUUUCCAUCUCCGGCCACAGCGAAGCCGGCGGCCUCGUGGCUCUCCAAAAGAUCGGCCUCGUCGACGAGGUACUCGCACAGGCCGUCUCGGGUGCUGACGGGACCGCCAUGUUCAAGAUUUGGGGGCCCAGCUGGCAGGAACGGGUGCGUCUGGAGCAGAAGCCCUUGCAUGGUCUGCCGACGGCGAGCGUGCGCAUUUCGAGAAAGAGGUUGCGGCGGAUACUCAACGACGCUGUCGAAGGUUGGGAGUAUGGUCGGAUUCAAUGGGAUUCCCAGUGCUUGUCGGUGAAGAAGCUCGGCACCGGAGAGUUGCGGAUCCGCAUCAGGCAGGGUGAUGAAACGGUGGAAAGGGACUGUGAUUUCCUGGUAGCUGCCGAUGGGGCCAUCAGCAGACUCCGCGCUUGGUUUCGCCCAGACGACAAAUUGCAGUACGCCGGUGCCGUUCUGAGAGGUGGUCUGGCAACCUUUGACGACGGCGUCCCGAAUCCGCCGGGCAUGGACUGGGGGUUCAUCAUGUCCAGCCGGGGUAUCUCGUGCUUCUAUUCUCCCGUUGACGAGAAGACGGUCGUCUGGCUGGUUGGCCAUCUUGAGAGGGAGCCUGCGUCGGCUCUGCAUCGUUCGAACGCAGAAGCGGUCGUGACACGGGCAGCCGAGCUAGGCGCCCAUUUCCGAGAACCUUUCCAGGCCAUGGUCGGCCGCACAGAUCUCAACACGGUCAUGUGCAUCAACGCCCACGACAAGGAGCCUUUCCGGCACCAAAAGCUGGACCGGAUGCCCGUCGUCUUCAUUGGGGACAGCAACCAUGCGCUGAGUCCCUUUGCCGGCUUCGGGGUCAACCUGGCGCUGUCGGAUGGGUGGGACCUGGCCUGGCAGCUGUGUCAGGAGACAACCUCGCUGAGAGAGGCCAUGGCUGCCUACGACGACAUCAGUCUUCCCCGUGCGGCUGCCAUGGUGGCCGCGUCGAGGAAGAAUCUCCAGGCGGGACAUGCAACGGGGUGGCGGUAUUGGAAGUUUAUGGCGAGGCUCUGGGCAGGACGGUGGUCGAAACGGUCGAAGAAGCCAUCGAAUGACUGA